CGUGAAAGGGGAAGGCUGAGCAACAAGACAGUACAGUUAGUUACAGAGAGCUGCUCUCAUUCUGGGUAAGAAAAGCGAGAUAUCAGUAAACUGGCUCGCCUAAGCUCGGCCUCCCAAACGGACAUUCGAAACAACAAGAACCGCAAAAUCAAAUGAGAGCCCGUAAAGCUUCCUUAGCCGUGUUCCCAGCCUGGAGGAUUCACAGUGAAGACCAAAAGGCUUGCCUGCGGUGCAAAUCUGAAGUUGCGCGAGAAAGAGAGCGUGGAGAGCACAGCUGGCACUUGGGCGCGGAACACAAAGCAGAGCCACAGAGGAGCCGUGAUGGACAUGCUGCCCGUCUACCACGGGCCCAUCGGCAAGGAGGAGGGGGAGAGGCGGCUGGCCCGGGACGGGCGGGACGGGUCCUACCUCGUCCGCGACAGCGACUCUGUGCCGGGCGUCUACUGCCUGUGUGUGCUGUUCGAAGGAUUCGUCUACACGUACAGGCUCCACAAGGACGACGCGGGCUCGUGGGCUGCUGAUACAACACCCGGUGUGCGGAAACGAUAUUUCCGGCAUAUCAGGAAUUUGAUAGUGGCUUUCCAGGAGCCGGGACAAGGGAUUGCGAUGCCUCUGCUGUACCCCGUCACAGCCCAGGCCCGGGCCCACUCACAGACAGAAGCAGCGCCGCCGCCGAGGCACAGCGGCGCUGCUCACCUCCAGCAGCGUGCCCCUCCUUCUACUGCCAAGGGCCACAAAAACAGGAAGGAGGUGCGGCAGGUUUCUGAUCCUCAUUUGUUACGUGGUUGUAAGCAGUGACUAGGAUCUCUUUUCUGCUUCCCCCUCUGCUGCACAGAAAGAGCCUCAUAACUUUCAUGGAUGUGUUGUAAAAUAUUCAACUGCUGAAACAUUAAUAUCCAUUGCUGCAUACGUAAGCUGACAACAAAUACUGUGCUCUGUUUUCUUAAUGCAAUUUAGUUGUGCGAAUGGAAAAUAAAAUAAAUGAUAUUGGUUGGAAUAAACUCUUUUAAAUGAG